UCCUUCCCGGCUUCUCCUUGUCGACUUCUUGGCUUCUUUCCUUGUUGAGAGGUGUAGGAGGGUUUGGAGAAGCAAUGGCGUUCUUUCUCGGGCUGGUUCUGGGGAUCAUCGCUGGGCUCGCGGUGUUCAUCGCUUUCCGCCGCUCAGAGAAAUCGCGUUCCAGGUGCCGCCGCGAACUGGCUGAUAUCGUCGCAGCCUCUGCAAGGAUGACACUUGAAGAUUCGAGGAAGAUUCUUCCUGGAGAAUUUUUCCCGUCAUGGGUAGUUUUCUCACACCGCCAGAAGUUAAGUUGGCUAAACCAGGAGCUGAUAAAAAUCUGGCCUUAUGUUAAUGAGGCGACAUCUGAGCUGAUAAGAAUUUCAGUUGAGCCAAUUCUUGAACAAUAUAGACCUGCCAUCAUAAAUUCCCUCAAGUUUUCAAAGCUAACUCUUGGUACUGUUGCUCCUCAGUUGACAGGAGUUUCAAUGAUUGAAGAUGAUCAAUCUGCGAUCGCCAUGGAGUUCGAGUUGCAGUGGGAUGGGAAUCCAAAUAUUGUACUCGACAUUCAUACAAAAUUAGGUGUUGCACUGCCAAUACAGGUAAAAGACAUCAGAUUCACUGGGGUUCUCCAUUUAAUCUUUAAACCGCUGGUUGAAGUUUUUCCCUGCUUUGGAGCUAUAUCUUAUUCUUUGAGAGAGAAGAAGAAGCUGGAUUUCACGUUAAAGGUUAUUGGUGGUGAAUUGUCAUCUAUUCCUGGAAUUUCUGGUGCUAUUGAGGAAACAAUACGGAAUGCUAUUGAAGACUCUAUAACAUGGCCAGCACGUAAAGUUGUUCCUGUAUUGCCAGGAGAUUAUAGUGACCUUGAACUGAAACCUGAUGGCAUAUUGGAAGUAAAGCUUGUGCGAGCAAGAAAUUUAACAGACAAAGACAUCAUAGGAAAAACAGAUCCAUAUGCCGUGCUGUACACACGACCAUUACGUGACAGAAUGAAGACUAGUAAAACAAUUAGCAAUAACUUGAACCCCGUCUGGAAUGAGCACUUUGAAUUUGUAGUUGAAGAUGCAGCUACUCAGCAUUUGGUAGUGAAGAUUUAUGAUGAUGAUGGGUUCCAGGCAUCUGAAUUGAUUGGUUGCGCUCAAGUGAUGUUGAAGGACCUGCAGCCUGGUAAAGUGAAGGAUGUUUGGUUAAAGCUUGUCAAGUAUUUGGAAGUUCAAAAGGAUAAGAAAGAUCGGGGUCAGGUGCACCUGGAGCUUGUCUACUUUCCUUUUGGCAUGGAGAACGAACUUUCUAAUCCUUUUUCAAGCCAGUUCCAUUUGACUUCUUUAGAGAGGACUCUCAAAAGUGGGAUAAAUGGAACAGAGGUCACUGAUUUUGACAGGACGUCAAUGCACCGGAAGAGGGAAGUUAUUAUGAGAGGAGUGCUUUCUGUGACAGUUUUAUCUGCAGUGGACUUGCCUGCUAUGGAUAUAAUGGGAAAGUCUGACACUUACGUUGUGCUCAAGAUGAUGAAAACAAGAACAAGGAACAAAACAAGGGUUGUGAACCAGAGCUUGAAUCCAAUCUGGAAUCAGACCUUUGACUUUGUUGUUGAAGAUGCACUACGUGAUAUGCUUAUUUUGGAAGCUUGGGAUCAUGAUAUAUUCAUGAAGGACUUCAUUGGGAGAUGCAUCAUGACGCUGACGAGGGUUAUGAUGGAAGGGGAAUAUGCAGAUAGUUUUCAUCUUGAGGGGUCGAAAGCUGGAAAAUUAAAUUUGAAACUCAAAUGGAUGGCACAACCAAUUUAUCGGUAUUCAUAAUGGAUGUAAGCCAUAUUGAUUUCCUCUUCGAUGCACAGGAUAGUUAACUCUUUUUAUGUCUUAGGGUUUCUAUAUAAGGCCUCAGGCAAAUUGCUAUCAGAGAGGAGUAGUAAAAUUGAUUGCAAUUGCUGUUUGUUAUAUCAUUUAUUUCAUUUGGCCCUUGUUUUUCUAUGGAAGCCAAUUCUUUUUGUAACCAUUGUAUACUGUGAAUGUAGAAUGCAAC